AUGGAUGAGCAAGACUCAGCUGGCCCUGGAACAGGAAGAGGCCAUGUCAUCCAAACUGGGAGCAGUGGGGGAUUCUGGGAAAACUCUAUGCAGAAGAUCCUGAGUGAGGAGGACACCCUCCGCUCAGAGGUGCAGAGCCAGCAGGUGAGGCAGUUCUGCUGCCAGGAGGCCAAAGGACCCCGAGAGGUUUGCAGCCGACUCUACCACCUUUGCCAUCUGUGGCUGAAGCCAGAAAGGCAUACGAAAGCUGAGAUGCUGGACCUGGUGAUUCUGGAGCAGUUCCUGGCUGUCCUUCCCCCAGAGAUGGAGAGCUGGGUGAGGGAGUGUGGAGCAGAGACCAGUUCUCAGGCGGUGGCCCUGGCAGAAGGUUUCCUCCUGAGUCAGGCAGAGGAGAGAAAGCAGGAACAGAGAAAGCAGGUGAGAGAGACUUUCCUCUGGAUACUCCCAAGGGGCUCCAAAGAGGACAGAGAACAUCCCAUAAUGCUCUACUGAUGGCCCAUCCUUUUUCUGGGAAGGCAUCCAUGGAAUGAGAUCUCUCACCCUUAAUGUUUUUGUCUUUGUCAUUCUCUUCCUGAUAUUUUUUGCCAUUCAUUCUCUCUUUUGAAUCCUUGUUUCUUUUUCAGGGAAAGGAUCUCUUUGCAGAAAUGGACCUGGAUUCCUGUGAGGCAGAGAGGCCUCCGUUGGAUACAGGAGAGAGGCCACUGGGUAAGGAGGAAGGAGUAUUUUUCUGUUGGUUUUUCAGCUAAUCUGUGGAUUCUUUUCAUCUUGGUUUCUUUUUUGGGGGGGGGCAGUGUUGAGAAUUCCAUUCCUCCCGUGCUGCAGAUGUGUGGGAUUGUUACAUGUCACAUGUCUACUUAUAUUCCAGCACUGAUUAUUGGGUCUUGUGAGCGGAAAGGGAGAUACGCUGUUUCCGCUCUGUAUUGCUUUUGCAGUCCUCUCUCCGAGGAAGAAAGACAGAGAGAGAAGCCAUGUUUUUCUUUGUUCUGUUAGGUUUGUUUAGGCUUAGAUGUUCCUCCUCACGGCUAAGCUUCUGUUUGAACUCUGCUAGUCGUGUGCUCAUGUCCCUGGAGUUGGGCCACAUCUGCGUGACGGCAGACCAGAGUGAUGGGUCCGGGGCAACGCUACAUUGGGAUCAAGGGUCCAGAGGAAGGGAGAUGUAUUUUUGCCCAACUAACUUAUGAAAUGGGCACAAAUGUCCAAAUGCUCUCAGCAGGUGAGGCUUUCUCAAAGGCCCAUCUGCAGUUAGAGAUGCCCUGUUUCACCUGUGAGAGAAGCAGGCACUCCUGGCGUCCUGCUUACCUUUUUUCUUUUGCAGGUGACAGAAUGAUGCCGGCAAGACCUCCUUAUCCAUCUUUUCAUGGGGGCAGAAGGGAAGCAGCGGCUGUGGAACCAGAUCAGGUCAGGGGAAGCUGCCUUGUGGCGACAGAGACCGAGGGAUGGAGCAAUGUCAUGGACUGGUUGGGCACAGAGGAAUGGUGGGAGGAAGCAGCCGGGGAACCAGGAGGGGAAGAAAUCUUAGAACCCAAGGAGUGGAAGUGGAGGAAGGAUGAGUGGUCAGUGGGAGAAGAGGGAGAAGCCUGGGAAGAGGAGGUGUCAGAAGCUGAACGAGAAACAGGGCUUAGUGAGCUGGGAGACUCUGUGGCAGAAUGCAGUCUAGAAUCAGAGGCAGAAGAGGAAGGAGGCAAGUGGGAGGAGGGAGGUCGAGAGGCAGAGGUGAGUCAGGAGAAGGAGGAGCCACCGGGGGCUCCCUUUCCUUCUGCCAAAAGCCACCCUCCCUGCUUGUCUCUCAGAGCCAGGAGACGUCUGACAAUGGAGGAGGAAAGGCAGGCUGCACACUGGCGCACUGUUCGAUCAUUUGCCAGAAACCCGAGAGAGGAGGGGACUUAGAAAGCUGUGGGGAGUCGGGGGUCUUCACUCUCUGCAACUGCUUUUGUGGAGGAAGAUGCUCAUGGAAUGAGCUGCUGUUCUCAGUAGGCCUGAAACUCAGCCAAGCCUGUGAAUAUCAUAUUCUUGCUAAGAGUAAACUCCAGCUGUGAACUGUGGGAUUUCCUGACCAUAUGUCUCCAUGACACCAGCCUUCUGAAUGUUGCCAGCAGGAUUCAUCUGUAGUUGCAGUUUUCCUGGAAUCCUAGGGUUGAAAGGGACCGCAAGGGUCAUCAAGUCCAACCCCCUGCAUUGCUAGAUCAUCCAAAACAGAUGGCCAUCCAAAUUAGGCUUCUUUUAUUUCUAUAUUCAUCACUGAAUGCUAAAAUAGGUUCCUAAGCAGUGGACAGACAAUAACAAAUAGUGUCCAGGAUUCUCCUAGCUAGCCCCAUCCGCUGCAAAAUGGGGCCUGCCCCCCACUCCUCCCCCUCUCCAUGCCCCCAUGAACCCCUUGAAUUUGGCUCUGGGGCAUUGGGAGGGAACCUCCCCAGAACAACUCAUGAGGAGAGGAGAAAGUGGAUCCUUCCAUCGGGGAAACUGGAAUUCUUGCAUAAGCAGAAUGACUUGAAAAACACAAUGUGGAGCACAAAGACAAAUACCCAUAGUUAAAUACCCAUACACAACUGAGAUUUCUGUAGCAGAUCAUAUUUCUGCUGUCUCAGAGGAGGACAUUUCCCUUUUUCUUUUAGGUUCCAGUGUGCUUUGAAGAUAUUGCUGUUCGUUUCACGGACGAGGAAUGGGUGUUGCUGGAUCCUGACCAGAGAGCUCUGCAUAAAGAUGUCAUGGAGGAGAAUCUUGGGAUCGUGGCCUCUCUUAGUAAGGCUCCUUGUGGGAUCGUAAUAUCUGUAUUGAAAUUCAAAACUUAUCUCUCUGAGAUGAACCUAAUAUAUUUUCACAGAGCUCAAUAUCUUCCCCUACAACACAUGAGAUUACAACAUCCCCCAAUAAACAUCGAAGAGUAAAUUACUCUUUUUCCUAUGAAUGUUCUUCUUCCAGUUGCAGCUUCUUAAACAAUUACCAGGUAAAAUGCCAUGUAAAAUUGCCAUGUAAAAUGUCAGCUUCAGAGUUGUUAGGAAAGAUAAGUAGCUUCUGUCAGGUUUUGUUUUUGCUCCUGUAAGUUUUUGGUUGACCAAAGAGACGACUGACUUUGGAGAUGGAGGGGAUGCCAUGACUGGACCAAGCAAAAUCCAUCCCAGAGAAGAGCCAGGCUUAUCAAAUUUCACAUUCCCAUAAGUGUGUUAGAUAAUGGCAGACAACAAAGGCUGACCUCACAUCCAACUCCCUUCAGUUCUUCCAUCACAAGCUUUAAUUAGCAUCAUUACAUAAUUGGGGGCUCUAUUUGUUCCUGAGGCUCCAAUCCCUUUUUUUCUCCAUUACAGAUUGUGCUGAAUUGGAAAUCAAGAACAAAGGUGACCACAACAAAAUCCCCAGAAAGGAGAAGCCACAUAAAAAUUUGGAGUGUGAAGAGAGCUGUAGUCAGAGCUCCCAGCUCACUUCCCAUGAAAGAACUCAUACAGGGGAGAAACCUUAUCAGUGUGGAAAAUGCAGCCAGGGCUUUAGUAGAAGCACAGAUCUACAUUCACACCAGAAAAUUUACAGUGGGGAGAAACGAUUUAAAUGUGAAGAGUGUGGAAAGAGCUUCUAUCGCAGAUCCUCUCUCACUUCCCAUCAAAUAACUCACACAGGGGAGAAACCUUAUGAGUGUGGAGAAUGCAGGAAGGGCUUUGCUAGAAACACAGAUUUACGUUUACAUCAGAGAAUUCACAGUGGGGAGAAACCAUAUCAGUGUGUGGAAUGUGGAAAGAGCUUCAGUACCAGCUCCUAUCUCACUUCCCAUCAGAGAAUUCACAGCGGGGCAAAACCAUAUCAGUGCGUGGAAUGUGGAAAGAGUUUCACCUGGAAGAACACUCUCACUAUCCAUCAAAUAAUUCAUACAGGGGAGGAACCCUAUCACUGCUUGGAAUGUGGAAAGAGCUUCAGUAAGAGUUCCUCUUUCACUUCACAUCAAAGAAUCCAUACAGGAGAGAAACCUUAUCAGUGUGUGGAAUGUGGGAAGAGCUUCAAUAAGAAGGACACUCUCACAUCCCAUCAAAGAAUUCAUACAGGGGAGAAACCCUAUCAGUGUGUGGAAUGUGGAAAAAGCUUCAAUACAAGCUCUUCUCUCACAUCCCAUCAGAAAAUUCAUACAGGGGAAAAACCCCAUCAGUGUUUGGCAUGUGGAAAGAGCUUUGGUCACAGGAGCUCUCUCACUUCCCAUCAAAGAGUUCAUACGGGGGUGAAACCCUAUCAGUGUGUGGAGUGUGGAAAAAGCUUCAGCACGAGCUCCUCUCUCACUUCCCAUCACUUAAUUCAUACAGAGCAGAAGCCAUAUCAGUGCUUGGAUUGUGGAAAGACCUUCAGUCAAAAGGGCAAUCUCACUUCCCAUCAAAGAAUUCACACAGGGGAGAAACCAUAUCAUUGUGUGGAAUGUGGAAAGAGCUUCAGCUGGAAGCAAAAUCUCACUUCCCAUCAAAGAACUCAUAUAGGGGAGAAUCUGAGAAUCCUUUAA